AUGGCUCAGGCUUCCGUUGGGCUUGACUCGGCCACAUGUCAUGCCAGUAUGGACGCUACAUCGCCACAUCACGGGAAGCGCAGAAAUGUGAAUUAUUUAGGAGACAGGAGCAGGGAAACAAGGCCUAAGGCCAACGGCGCUCUACGAACCUCGGUUUCGCCGCAGAAGGACGUCGGUGCUCAGUCGCUGCUGUCCGAGGUGCUGGCGGGCCCCUUGGACGGCGACAAGAUCCUUCUCUUCCUCGACUCCGGGGCCUCGCAGGUCAUUGACGUCGACCUCUUGUUGCGAGAGAUCAGACUGACCACCUCCGUCAUUCUUGUGGAUCUCGAGGAGCCGGAGGCGUUCCUACGGAAGGCCCCCAACCGGCUCAUCCGCGGGAGCUUCGUGACGGUGGUGCUCGCCUUCACAAGGAGCCCCGCGCCCCUGCUGGACAGCCUCGGCUUUGACUGGAACCCUGACUUCCUGCUGUUCCUCAGCCUCAACGGGAGUCUCGACACGGCACCAAUGCUCGAGGACGAGCGGGUACAGAGGUCGAAGUACAUGACCCUCAUCGAGUACGGCAGGAGGGCUUCCUCGACGUUCCACGUCUUCACCAGCAGACCCUUCAGGCCGACGAGGACGGGCUACGCAAUCAAGUCCCCAAUCGGAGCGUGGAACAAGCUGCUCUUCGCGACCAAGUCCAAGCUGUUCCCUGAGAGAUUCGCGACGCUGGACGGCGCCGUGCUGCAGCUGGGGUCCUGGUGCGACGACUUCCCCUUCCUGUACUCCGAAGGGGACGGCUGCGUCGGGAGCACGCUCGAGCUCCUGGACGUGAUCGCGGCGCAGCUCAACUUUUCGUACGUGGUGCAGAUGGAGCCGGAAGACCAGAACUGGGGCUCCAAGGAGAACGGCACCUGGACGGGCAUGCUCGGCGACCUCGUGUACAACGGGAAGGACCUCGUCGUGAACUCCCUGCUCCUGACGGAACAGCCCUUCGCCGAAUUCGACUCGACUUACCCGUACCACAUGGAGAGCUACGCCUUCAUCCUCGAAAUCCCUCCCCCGGUGCCGCAGUGGCGGGGCCUCCUCUACCCCUUCACCAAACUGAUGUGGGGCGCCAUCAUUGGCACGACUCUGGCGGUGAUCGUCCUGCUGCAGCUGUGCCUCGCGGUGGCCCCCGACACGCAGGACGCCUCGCAGGUCUUCCUCUUGGUCAGUAGUGGAUCAGUGUGGGCGGGCGUCGUGAGGCAGUCGGUGAAGCACAGCCUCGGCACCUCCUGGACACGCCUCUGGGCCGGCUUCUGGUGGCUGGCGACGCUCAUCAUCACCACGGGAUACACGUCCAACCUGGUCGCCUUCCUCACCGUGCCCGUCUACCCGAAGCGGAUCGAGACGGUGGACCAGCUGGCCGCGUCGAAACUCAGGAUCUGCAUGCAGGACUACGGCAGCUUCCUUCCCGACGCCCUCAGAGUCUCCGCCGACCCCGCCCUCAGGCACCUGGGGGAGUCCCUCGACCUCUUCCCCUACGUGUACCUGUCCUUCGAGCAGGGGUUCGAGUGGGUCGCCGAGGGAACCCACGCCCUCGUCGAGACCUAUUCUUAUCUCUCUUAUCAGCAGAGCCUCCACAACCACACCGGCCACACGUAUAUCAUGAAGGAAAAUAUGAUCCCCGGCUACUACGUCUGGUACAUGAAAAGAAACUGUCCUUAUUCCUCCGUUAUUUCGAGAAGUCUCACGAGGCUUUUGGAAACUGGCUUCGUUCAGCGCUUCUACCUGAAACACAUGAAGUCCGACAUGCGCAGCGACGGAGCCAGGAGGAGCCAGCAGAAAUCAGCUGGCAGCCCCAUCCAAAUCGGCCAGCUGUGGGGCGCCUUCAUGGUCUGGGCGAUUGGCUUGGCUUGCGCCCUCCUCGCCCGGGUGUUGGAGACGGCAGUUUCCGUUGGCAAGAGGCGGUCGAGUUAUAGUGUUGAGGGCGUGGAGGAAGCUGGUGGGCUUAUCUCUCGCCUCUCAAUUGCAGGCUUAUCUCUCGCCUCUCAAUUGCAGGCUUAUCUCUCCCCUCUCAAUUGCAGGCUUAUCUCUCGCCUCUCAAUUGCAGGCUUAUCUCUCGCCUCUCAAUUGCAGGCUUAUCUCUCGCCUCUCAAUUGCUUACUCUCCGCCUCUCUCAAUUGCAGGCUUAUCUCCCUCUCAAUUGCAGGCUUAUCUCUCGCCUCUGCAGGCUCUCUCGCCUCUCAAUUGCAGGCUUAUCUCUCGCCUCUCAAUUGCAGGCUUAUCUCUCGCCUCUCAAUUGCUUAG